AUGCCUCCCAAAGCCAUAUUCUUUGUCCUCUGCGACUUCAUUCAAGCAAUGGCUGUUGCUACGAUUAACUUUGCCUUUAUUAGUGCAGCUUUUAUUAUCCUUUCUUCAAACUCAUGUAAUGGUCUAUUCAAUUGCCCUACCGAGGAAUCCCAAGCUCUUCUUUCCUUCAAAACAGCCUUGAACGUCACUGAUGGUAUUUUCAGUUCAUGGGUUAAUGGAAGUGACUGUUGCUCCAUGUGGGAUGGCAUAUCAUGCAAUAAUCUCACCAACCAUGUAGAGCAGGUGAAUUUGAGUGCCUACACCAACCAUGCAGAGCAGGACGUCCAGAGUGGAGUCAUAUCCGAUUUGGCAUUACCCUCUUCUGUAAGGAUUUUAUGGCUUUCCUCAAUUACCGUUUCAGAUACUUUAUUUCAUAACCUUGCAGAAUUAAACUAUCUGGCUUUUUCAGAUUGUGUACCGAAUAUUAGCACAACUUCGAUUCCCAAAUUCCAGUUAGCAGCCUUAUAUUUAAGCUCAUGUAGUAUUGGUGGUCGAAUUCCCGAUUGGCUUUCCACUCAAUAUUCAUUGCAGGGAUUAACAUUAGUUAACGACAAUAUUGUUGGAGAAAUCCCCUCCUGGUUAUGGGAGAACAAUCCUCAGUUGAUUCAGUUGAACAUCUCAGGAAAUCAUUUCAAUGGCAGCCUUAUUAUCCCGAACAGAUCAGUUCCUUGGAUGACACUACUGGAUGUGUCUAGGAAUGAGUUGACUGGACAAGUGCAAUCUCUGUGGCCACCGUAUUGCUGA